CAAACAUGAUGUCGAUGGUUUAUAUUAUUGUUUUUUAUUUGUGUAUUGUAGUUUAUUGUAAACAGGAGAUUUGUUCAUCUGGUUUAAAUGAAUACUUGUGUUUUUUUCAAUUUCGAACACAGGGACGGAACGUGUGUUGAGUGUAAAAAGGGUUUCAUUUCAUUUAUUGGUGAAGCUUGCAGACCAUGCCCAGAAAAUACUUUUGGAAGAGAAUGUUUAUCUGAAUGUGUAUGCAAUAUGAAUGAAAGAUGCGAUCACGUGAACGGAUGUGUGACGUUAUUGUCUAGUAUAGAAACGGUCAAAACAGAUGAUCAUGGUGAAGCACUGGAACCUACAGCAGAAAGAUACUGUAAAAUAGGCACAUAUUGUUCGGAAGUGGAAACUACGACGGCAUUAAAGAGCGAACCAGGCACAUAUUGGUCAGAAGUGGAAACUACCACGGCAACAAAGAGCGGAACAGGUUACAGUAACAUUCAAUCAUCAAUCGGAACAAUUUGCGCAUUAUUGAUGUUCCUUCUACUAGUAUUUGUCUCCCUGGCUUGUUUUUACUGGAAAUAUAAGUUUGCUUGCAAGAACAGAGGACAAACAAAUAUAACACACUACGAUGCAUCUAGCAGCUUUUCGCUCAAAGGAGACACUCACGAGUACAUGGAAAUAGAUGAUGGAUUUUUAAAUGUAGAAUCUCAAAAAAAUGAUGCACAUGCCACGAGAAGCAGUGCAAGUUCGACUGGGGGUAGCGGAAUAAGUGGAGUAGACAAUGAUGGAUAUCUAAAUCCCUAUCAGGAGCUGAAAUCAAUAGAAAUUACAUUAAGCCAGGAGCCAAGUUCAGAACAAUUAAGCAGAGAAACUAGUUUUAUACACGCACAAGAGAACAUAGUUUAUAUCGAAGAUCAGGAUGAAUGAUAAUAAUAAUCAGUAAAUAUAACAGAAAAACUUGACUGAACUCAUUUUUAUUACAUUGAUAUGAAUGAAAUUGCGUGUGUCUGCUUUAAAUCAACGACAUUUCAGUAAGGCAUGCAGAUCGAUGUCGAUAUUCAAUUAAACGAAUUGUUAUGAAAUUUAUUAAACAAUAUGUGAAACUGUAAAAAGAAACACAAUUCGUUUCAGUCAAUGAAAAUUAUUAUUCAAAUCAUUAAUUAAUAUAACGAUUCUGGGAUUUACUUUAUAUUUUUAAACUGAUUACCAGGCUAGAUUGUGAAAACAGAAUUCGAUGAAAAUUUUACAAAUCAAACAUCAUUUGAUUUAAAUUCUAAUGGUAUUUAAAAAUUAUGAAACUGACAUGUUUAUUAGGCUCCAAGUUGGGGACAGAUUUGAAACAAAACAAAAAAGAUUUUUGCCAGUAGCUUUUACUGUAAAUUCACAAAAAUAAAAGAAAAAAAACCCACAUAGACAAAAAAUAAAAAACCCGAAAACAAGCAGGAUAAUUAUUUCGUUUUCUUACUUUAAGAAACAAAUUGUGAAUUUGUAGUACUUAAGUUAUGUGGUUCGCAAUGUCUUGACUACUUUACCCUUUUUGAAAUUUCUAAAGAAUCAGAUUUUCCCUAGCACCGGUAUCAGUAGGCUGUAGUAUAAUGUUUCUUUAAAUAUUGUCCUGGACAAAAAAACGAGAAAACACAUCUUUUGUUUGAGCUGUUUACAGAGAGCAAGGUUUUUAUAUAUUUUUGUUUGGUCACAAAUAAUUACAUAUAUUUCUAAUAUUUGAAGUGGGUCGGCAUCUGAAGAAUCAGUUCUCAGUAAAUAUGGAAUCUGAUCUAUGUGUUUAAUUAUAUUACUUUUAGGUUGUUUAAACGAAACAUGGCUUGAAAAAGUUUACUUUUCAUCUGAAUGAAAGUAAUAAAAGGUUGAAAAUGAAAACAAUCAGGCUGGACGAAAUAAAAUCGUAUAUAUGUUAAUGAAACUAUUUUACAAGGAAGAAUAUAAAUCCGGUUCAUUGUUUCAUAUAUGUUAAAAAAAUUAUAUAAAAACUAUGCUGCAUUUAAUUGUGUUGUUUCUUCCUGGUACCAAUUGCACGGAAAGGACCUUUCAUUAUUAAUAUUUGUUAAGGAAAUUCCACUUCAAUAACCUACUAAGUAUAUAUGUAGUUUAUUCAUUUUUAUUUUAAUAACGCAAAAACUGACUAUUAUGUUUUGACUUUGUCAAGGGUAUAUUAACUCAAUGACCAACUUGGCCUACAUCAAUAACAUGAUAAAUGCAUACGUCACAUCGCAACAUUUUCAUAUAUUGCUUGUAACUUUUUAAAAUGUGCAAUAUUGUUUGUUUGUUUUUUUCUUAAAAAUUUCUAUCUGAAAGAAUAUAUUCGGGCUGAACGUCAAUGAGACAGUAAUCCAAACAAAUAACCAAUAACACACCCAGUGGGCAACGUACAUGCAGUCUUAUUAUAUAUGUUGUUUAAACCAAAAAGAUAAAUACAUAUGAUUUUUAAAAGUCAAAGUACUUAUGGUCUAUGGAAAUAAAAUAAAACCCAACUGUAAUCUGUAAAUCACCCACUAACAUUACAAGCAUAAGUAAAAUGAUGUUCUCAUCUUUUGACCUUAUAAAGAAAGACAAACCAAACACAUGACGCUACAACUACGUUAAUUAUACUUAACAAAGGAUCAAGCGAACAAUGCAUUUGUAAAAGACGAUGUAACACGACUCAAACUGGGUAAUCUCCAAUUUGAUAAAGAAUAAUUCAAAUUUAAAACAACAAAAUAUUAUAAAUGUAUCCUCAUUACUCAGAA